AUGAUACUCAUCAUGCUCAUUGUCAUACAGGUUCAUUUUAUAGAAGAAUGAACCAUGAUGAACCGUGGAACCCAGACAAGAUUUUCCUUAAAUUUUGGGACAGAAUAUACCAUAUGAAUAUACCCUGGUGCCCACUUUGACAUUUCCGUUAAUUUGAGGGGCCACCAAGUUGUUUUGUAGCUGCGGCAAACCUAAUUUCUUCUUUUUGGUAUAACUAACGAUGGGUCAUAUAUAAGGAGAUGGUUUCCCUCUAACAGUAAUUUUUUCCCGCUUGACUCAGUUUGUACUAAAGACAUUCAAUUUAGAGUCUCAACCUCUUACUAGUUGAUAGUCCCCAAUAUAAUUGCCCUAGCGAAUUCUCUUUUAUUGGUCAAUUGUUGAACUGUGGAAGCCUGGAAGGCAAGGCAGGCUUUUAAAGAAAACCUGGCGAAGUAAAUUUUCAAUUCUGUAUCUAACUGGGUGGAAUGGUAGACAAGCGUUUUGUUCAAGUAUACCAGGAAAAAGAUGGGAGACGUGUGUGUGGAGAAAAAGGUGGAACCCUUUUUGGGAAUACUCUAUGUAGGGAAGAUAAAGCGAAAAUUGGCCGGUGCACAUCACGAAACGUGGGCUCCUUGCCUUGUCUUGACUUGGUGGCAAUUGGUAAAUGAUGAAUGGGCAUGUGCCAUUCUGCUUAUGCUUUCUAGUAUGCACAGUUGGUUGUACCCAACCCGUAACCCUCCUGAAUUAACGUGCUCCUUUUUUAUUGGGGGGAUGGGGAAUUACAAGAGUCAGUGUUUUCUUGGGCUGAAGUUUGAAUGUGACGGGUCAUUAAAAGGUGAGUUAAGGUUCUGUGAGUUGAUCUCAAAGGAUGAGAUUGCUGUUUGGGGCCAUGACCUUACAAUUAUUAGAUGUCAAAAACUAUCUCAACAAGUGGACAAGGCUGUAUGGAAACCUGCAAAGAAUGGUUUGUUUACUAUUUCAAGUUGCUAUGAGUUCCUAAGAGUGAAACACCCUAAGCUGGAAACGUCGGAGAUGGGUGGCAGAGGCCGGCAGAGAAAGAAAGAUCCGCCGCCGAAGGGUGGUGUUGCAACAAAAAUAACUGAUCUGAAAGAUGAUAAUGGGGAGCAAAAUAGCAUCUCAGUUGAGGAAACCAACAAAGAGCAAACUGAGGUCGUGAAGCUUGUUGCUCGCGAUCCAAACCAGAUGGGUCUCGAAAUUGAGAAAUCAGAGCUUUUGAGUCCAGAUCUAGGGGAGAAAGAAAGGGACGCUGAAGGAAUUUUGCUAGAUCUAGCAGGUUCGACGCAAGGCCAAAGGAAAAGCGGUUUCGAUGCUGGUCCCAGGGAUGGAAGAGCAGAUAAGGGGAAGAGACAGGUCGACCCCGUGGAAAGGAAAGGAGUGAAGGGGAAGAAAGGAGUGCGCUUGGAGACUCAGCCUUCUGUCAUCCAGAUGAAGCAACCUUCUGGGGAAAAGGACGCUGGUUCUACAUCUGGCACGGCGAUGCCUCCUAGUGCUCGGUGGAGUGAUCUGAUUGAGAAGGAGAAAAGGGAAUUUCAACUAUCCCUAAAGCAGAAGCCACUGCGUAGUUGGGCUUCGGUUGUGGAAGGGAAUAGGGAUAUCAGUAAAGGAUGGGAUUUGCAAUACAUAAAGCCUCAAGAUCCAACUGGUGCUGUGGUUAUUACUGAGGAUGAAUGGGUUAAAGGGUCAAAGAUUUGGGAGAAUGCUCUUGUUGGGUAUGUUCUGGGAUCUAAACUUGAUUUUAAGGAUGUUGCAAAUUUUGUGAAUAACAGGUGGAGGGAAUUCCAGGUGCCUAAGGCGUUUAUGCUGCGAAAUGGAGUUUUCUUGUUUGAUUUUGGUGAUGGAGAUGCAAAGCAGGCGGUGCUAGAGAGGCGAUGGACAUUUAAUGGGCACCCUUUGAUUUUGAAACAGUGGACUCCAGAUUUUGAUCCUGACAAUUUGGAUAUUAGUAAGAUUCCUGCCUGGAUCCAAUUUCCUGAACUCCAUUUGAGUCUUUGGAACCCUAAGAGCUUAGGAAAGCUAACAAGCUAUGUAGGAGUUCCUAUUGCAACUGAUGCAUUAACAGCUAAAAGGCAAAGAGUGGCUUAUGCUUGUAUGCUAGUAGAGAUGGAAAUCAUGGACACUCUGCCCCGUGUAGUUCCUAUUAUUGGUCCAAAGGGUGUGUUCCAACAGCCUGUGGUCUUUGAAUGGGAGCCUGUCAGAUGUGGUAAAUGUAGAAACUUGGGGCAUGAAGAGAAAAACUGUACUACUAAGGAAAAAAAGGUGUGGGUUCCAAAAAAACCUGCCGAGGAACAGGUGGUCAAGCAGAUAGUUGGCACGAAGUCUUCUGAGGGGAAUGAUGAAUUAUGUGGUGGUGAAGUGCAAACUGCUAUUAAUUCAGCAAAUGUGAAGCAGAGUACACUUUCACGUCCUUCUGGAAAGCUGAUAGUGGAAAGAAAUGAGCAAAGUCUAGGGCAACUGGAAGUGGGAGCUAUGAAGUCAGUGAAUCUGCAGAGUGAGACUAGUGUUGGCACAGGGGAUAAAGAGAUGAUGCAAAAGGUAGCAGGGGGAGAAUCUUCUGUAAAUUUGAGGGUGACUGAAGUAAUACAAACAGACCAAUUGCUACAUGUUGAAGUAUGCUCUGCAGUUGGGGAUGUUAAAUUCUUGUGCACAAUUGUCUAUGCUUUUAAUACUUUUGAUGGUAGAGUAGCAUUAUGGGAUCAAGUUAGAGCUCUAGACGUUGAAAAUGUGCCAUGGAUAAUUUCUGGAGAUUUUAAUACAACUCUAAAUUAUGGUGAAAGGGUGAAGCCUGGUGGAGUUGUUUGGGGAGAUACCUCUGAGCUCAAGGAUUUUGUCAAUAGAAUGGAGGUUUUUGACUUGCAAUUUUCAUGUGCUUACUUCACUUGGAGUAAUAAGCAAAGGGAAAAUGACAGGUUGUGGUGCAAGCUGGACAGGGUAAUGGCUAAUACAACAUGGGUUAGUGCAUUCCCAAAUACUUCUGUUGUCUUUCUAAAUCCACAAUCCUCAGAUCACUCACCCUCUUUAGUGUCUGUGGAUGUAUUGAUGAAUGAGAAACCAAGGCCAUUUAGAUUUUUCAAUGCUUGGUCUAAGGAUGAAAACUUCCUUGAUAUGGUUAGGGAAGCUUGGAGUGUGGAUAUACAGGGAUGCCCUAUGUUUGUUGUAUUGCAGAAAUUGAAAUUGGUAAAACAGAAGAUGAAGCAGUUGCAUAAAAAUAGAUAUGGAAACUUGGAGGGAAGAAUAAAAGAUAUGACAGCAGAGCUACAAAAUGUUCAAGCGUCCAUGCAGAAUGCUUUAUUUGAUGAGACUUUGGCUGCAAAGGAAAAGGAACUUCAACGUGAAUUAACAAAGCUUGAGAGAGCAAAUCUGUCCCAUAGAAGUGUUAUUAACUCCAUCCUGAACUGUGAAGGAGUUAGAGUGACUCAGCCUAAACUCAUAGAACAAGAGUUUUUAAUGUUCUAUCGAAACUUGUUUGGAAAGGCAAAAGAAGGUGUUCAAGUAGUUGAUAUGAACGUUAUCCACAGAGGCAGAAUGUUAACUACUGAAGAGUCAGAAGAGUUAUGCAGGCCAUUUACUACUAAGGAAGUGGAGAUUGCCCUAUUUUCAAUUCCUUCAAACAAGUCUCCAGGGCCUGAUGGAUUCACUUCAGGGUUCUAUAGAGCAGCCUGGUCAAUAAUUAAAAAUGAUGUCAUGGCUGCUGUGUUGGAUUUUUUUUACAGUGGAAAAAUCCUCAAGCAAAUUAAUGCCACCAAUAUUACUAUUGUUCCGAAGGUGAGUUGCCCAAAUGUUGUCAGUGAUUAUAGGCCAAUAGCUUGUUAUAAUGUCAUCUACAAGGCGAUAUCAAAGCUCUUAACCCAGAGGAUUAAUGAAGUGUUGAGCAUGCUAGUUAGCAGUAAACAAACUGCAUUUGUGAAGGGCAGAUCUAUAACGAAAAAUUUAUUGAUUUGCCAAGAUCUGGUGAGGAACUAUCAUAGAAGUAGGGGGCCAGCUAGAUGCUUAAUGAAAAUUGAUCUACAAAAAGCAUAUGAUUCAGUGGAUUGGGGUUUUGUUAAUGCAAUGUUAAGAGGGUUGAACUUCCCUGAUAGAUUUAUUAACUGGCUUAUGCUUUGUAUUUCUACUACCAGAUUUUCUGUAUUGAUAAACGGACAGCCAAAGGGUUAUUUUCAGGGACAACGAGGGCUUCGACAAGGUGAUCCAAUCUCGCCUUAUCUAUUUGUGCUAGUGAUGGAAUAUCUCACAAGGAAAUUGAAGGAGUUAGAUAUGCAGGAGAAGUUUAAAUAUCAUAGUAAGUGUCGAGUGAUGCAACUUACGCACUUGAUCUUUGCAGAUGACAUUAUGCUGUUUUGUAAGGCUGAUGAGGAGUCCACUGUUUUGAUGAUGCAAAAGUUUGAGCAGUUUGGCCGAGUCUCUAGGUUGGAAGUGAAUAGAAUGAAGAGUCAGGUUUUCUUCAGUGGUGUUAGAGAAGGACAGAAAGUUGCUUUAAUUCAGAAGCUGGGUUUUGCUGAGGGACAGCUUCCAGUAGAGUUCAACUAGUUAACUCUGUUUUAUUCCACAUUCAAGUUUUUUGGAGUGGUGCUUUAUUGAUUCCUAAGAAAGUGUUAAA